AUGGGCGCAACAGAAAAACAAUUCACCGUCGCCAUCGUCGGCGGCGGCAUCGGCGGCCUCACUCUCGCCGCGGGCCUUCUGCGCCGCAACGUCCCCGUGCAGAUCUACGAAGCUGCGGCCGAGUUCAAGGAAGUUGGACUGGGCCUGACGAUUGGCCCGGCCGCGCACCGCGCCAUGCCCCUGCUCGAUCCCCAGAUCCGCGAGAUCUAUGACUCGCUCAUCACGACGCACGCGGACAGUCCCGGGUACGAGCGGUUCCGUCAGACCUGGUUCGAGGUUGUGUGGGCGACGGGGUUGAAGGCCGGGGAGGUACUGAUGGAUCUGCAGGCUCUGCCGUCGGGGCAGACAACGGUGCGGAGAGCGGAUUUCCUGGAUGCGCUGGUGAGCUUGAUUCCGGACGGGGUUGCGCACUUCGGGAAGAGGCUGGUGGAGCUUGUUGAGACGGCUGCUGGGGUAGAGCUGCGCUUUGGGGAUGGGAGUGUGGCCACUGCAGAUGUGGUGGUGGGCUGCGAUGGAAUCCACUCGAAAGUCAAGGAGUUCAUGCUCCCGGAGGAGCAUGAGAUGGUUCGGCCGCGGUAUAGUGGCAUGUACGGGUACCGGGCAGUGUUGGACAUGGAGACGAUGGUUGAAGCGGUGGGGGACCAUCGUGCUCGGGUUGCGACCAUGUAUGUCGGAGACGGGGCGUAUGGGAUCUCCUAUCCGAUCAUGCGAGCAAAGAAGGUCAAUGUUGGUCUGUAUGUCCUGCGCGAUCAAUGGGAUGACGAGGCUUGGGUCCGUCCGGCGAGCAAGGAAGACAUGCGGAGGGACCUUGCGCAUAUGGGCGAGUAUGUGAAUCGGCUUGUCGAGCACAUGCCGGACCCUUCGCAGUGGGCCAUCUUCGAGCAUCCGCAUAGCUCCACGUACGCUCGAUCGCGGGUUGUCAUCCUGGGAGACGCGGCUCAUGCAUCAACGCCGCAUCAGGGAGCGGGUGCUGGACAGGCGAUUGAGGACUCACAUGUCCUGGCUGAGCUUCUUGGAGAUGCGAGUGUGGUGCAGGCGGAGGAUGCCGUUGCAGCGCUUCAGGCUUAUGACGCCGUGCGUCGGCCGCGGAGCCAGAGAGUCGUGGCGACUAGCAAAGAGAAUGCAUUCUUGCUUUGCUUACGGCUUACCGGAGUUGGAGGUGAUGAAGAGAGACUGAAAGCAACGUUCCAGGAGCGACUGCGGUGGCUUUGGGACAUUGAUGUGCAAGAUCAGGCAGAGAGGGCGCGGUCGAUCAUGCUGGAAGAGAUGCAAAGGCGAUGA